AGUAUCGCCCGCUGCAAGUGUGAAGGAGGAGGGGAAGACCGAGAGAUGGCGACAAAAAUGUUGAGUCACGCUUAUUAAACCCAUGAAGAAGAAGCACCGAGUCCAGGUCCACAAGUGGUUUAGUUCAGUUCCACUCACUUCACCAGCGUAAAAUCCGGCGAGAGAAAAUGGAGGAACUUGGCCGAGCUCUGUGCAUCAUCACCGGGGCCUCCAGAGGCUUUGGCCGGGCAAUAGCGAAGGAAGUGUCCCGGGUGGUGAAGCCCGGGUCGGUGUUUGUCCUGGUGGCUCGGUCCGGUGACGACCUGCGGGCUCUACAGAAAGAAAUGGCUGAAUCCGACCUGGUAGUUCGGGUUGUGGUGGCAGACCUGUCGUCUAUGGAAGCAGUGGAGAAUGUCACCCGGACCGCGAAGGAAGCUUUUCAAGAGGACAUCCAACAUGUUAUUCUAUUUAAUAACGCUGGUUGUCUGGGUGAUGUGUCACGUUAUUCCUCAAGCUUCACCAGCAUGGCUGAGGUGAACGCAUACUUGUCUUUCAACGUGAGCUCUGCCCUGUGCCUCACUGCCAACGUGCUGCAGGCUUUUCCAAAGCAACCAGGUCUGCGACGCUGCGUGGUGAACAUCUCCUCACUAUGCGCCCUGAAGCCAUUCCCAUCCUGGGUGCUGUACUGUACCGGCAAGGCAGCCCGAGACAUGAUGUUCAAGGUUCUGGCAGAAGAAAACCCAGAUCUGCGUGUGCUAAACUAUGCUCCAGGUCCUUUGGACACAGACAUGCAGUUGGUGGCCAGGACCCAAACGGCAGAAGUCACGAUGAGGCAGACGUUUGCAGACAUGAGUGCUCAGGGCCAGCUGCUCACGUGUGAGGCCUCCUGCGCUAAGCUCAUCAAGCUGCUACUGGAAGACAAAUACAAAUCAGGCGAUCAUAUUGAUGUUUAUGACGUCUAGGUGCUGGAAGUAUAAUUAGUAUGGCACUGAGUUGACACCCAACUACCGUAUUUUUCGGACUAUAAGUCGCAGUUUUUUUCAUAAUUUGGCCGGCUUAUGUGUGAAAUGAUUAACACAUUACCGUAAAAUAUAAAAUAAUAUUAUUUAGCUCAUUCACGUAAGAGACUAGACGUAUAAGAUUUCAUGGGAUUUAGCGAUUAGGAGUGACAGAUUGUUUGGUAAACGUAUAGCAUGUUCUAUAUGUUAUAGUUAUUUGAAUGACUCUUACCAUAAUAUGUUACGUUAACAUACCAGGCACUUUCUCAGUUGGUUAUUUAUGCCUCAUAUAACGUACACUUAUUCAGCCUGUUGUUCACUAUUCUUUAUUUAUUUUGAAUUGCCUUUCAAAUGUCUAUUCUUGGUGUUAGGUUUUAUCAAAUACAUUUCCCAAAAAAAUGUGACUUAUACUCCAGUGCGACUUAUAUAUGUUUUUUUCCUUCUUUAUUAUGCAUUUUCGGCAGGUGCGACUUAUACUCCGGAGCGACUUAUGCUCCAAAAAAUACGGUACAUGUGCAGUAAGUGUCCUUGUAGUGAUUGUUGAAGUUGUUUCCAAAUACAGUAGGACCAAAUUGAUCUUACAUGCAGUUAUUAAUUAUUAGUGAUAUUAAUUAAAUAUGUCAAACUUUGAGUACCGUAAAUUCGGGAUUAAAAACCACUCCUUUUUUCCUACGCUGUCAAACUUUGGGUACCGUAAAUUCAAGUUUAUAAACUGCUACUUUUUUUCUACGCUUUAAAUCCUGAGGUUUAUAAAACGGUGCUGCUGAUUUAUGGAUUUUUCUUCGCUGAAGGCCAUAAUGCAAAUAGUUAAAAA